GAGCGAUGAAAGAUAGAGGUUAUUGUUUUCUCGGCCUCUAUAUACCAGCAAGUAGAACUGGGCAUUGCACCGAGGAGUGCAGCUAAGCGAAGCACAGUGGUACAGAAAGUAAAACGAUCGAGUCGCACUGUAACAUAAAGUUUUACGUAAGUAUGAUCAGAGCAUUGUCACGGUUUUCCCCGAGCCUGCAUUGCAGGUCAAAACAUUUCCUUCCAAGAGCAGCGCAGCGGCUUACUUCAACAUCAAACCAGAAUGAAGACAGCAUCGUUGACGAUAAAGAUAUCUAUCGGUUCCCAGCUAUGCAAGUACCAUCUCUCACUAGACUUAAAGAAAUUGCCAAUAAUAAUGGUUUAGAUGUUAAUGAUGAAGAUUUGAAUCAUUACAGAGAUUUCAUAGAAAAUGUAGUUGGUAAUGCUAUGAAUAUCAUGGACAGUUAUCCUCAACCAACACUUCCUGUGAAAUAUCCCCGAACUCCUGGAUACAGACCAACUGAAGAUGAAAAUCAACACAAUGGAUGGUACUGGCGUUGUGACAUAAAAGGUGCUGACACUGGUAUAUUAAAAGGUAAAACCAUUGCUGUUAAAGACAAUAUUCCAUUGGCAGGUGUUCCUAUGAUGAAUGGAAGUUAUGUAUUAGAAGGGUAUGUCCCAGACUAUGAUGCCACUGUUAUUACAAAAGUGCUGGAUGCUGGUGGUCAAAUUACAGGGAAAACAUCUUGUGAAGACUUGUGCUUUUCCGGUGUUGGUUUUGUCCGAGCCAAAGGUGCUGUCCGAAACCCUCACAAUAUGAACUAUGCAGCUGGUGGGUCAAGUAGUGGAUCUGCAUCUCUGGUAGCGUCUGGACAUGUGGAUAUGGCAUUGGGUGCUGACCAGGGUGGAUCAAUACGCAUACCCUCUUCAUGGUGUGGUGUUGUCGGUUUUAAACCAACAUUUGGAUUAGUUCCAUAUACUGGUAUAUCACAGAUGGAAUACACUGCUGACCACACUGGACCAAUUGCAAAGAAUGUAUACGACUGUGCAUUGUUGCUAGAGACAAUUGCUGGUCUUGAUGGUGGAUUGGAUCCUAGACAACCAGCUAAUUUAACUGUACCAGAAUAUACUAAAGGAUUUGGUAUGAAGUUACCUGGCAUAAAGAUUGGAGUUCUUAAAGAAGGAUUUAUUCGUCCAGAAACAGAGCCAGAUGUUGCAGCCAUGGUGAAGAAAUCAGCAUUCCAGAUGAUAACACUGGGAGCUAAGGUUGAAGAAGUGUCAGUUCCUAUGCAUAUGCAUGCUGUGUAUAUCUUCAAAAGUUUUUUCAUACAAGGACAUUAUGACAUGGUGUUGAAAGGGAAUGGAAUUGGUAGCCAACACAAUGGUUUCUAUUCAACCAAUUUGGCAGUUGCUCUUCAUAAAGGAUUUAAAACAAGAAUAAAUGAUAUGUCACAUGUUUUGAAA